CACAACAGGAGUGCAAAUGCUGGCCCAGCUGGACUCCGUGUGGUGAACUCCAGCCGCCUGUAGGAAUGGCUGAAACAGCCCACACCUGCAAAUCACUCCCCCGCUGCCCCUCCGCGGCAGGUUGCAUUUGGGAGGCUCUCGGUCAUUAGAGGAAUGAGCCGGGAGUGAGCAAUUCCCCAGCUCGCCGGCACUUGCUGGAAAGCAGCAGGCGAGGAUGGACGUGGUCGACAGCCUUCUUGUGAAUGGAAGCAACAUCGCUCCCCCCUGCGAACUCGGGCUGGAAAAUGAGACCCUUUUCUGCUUGGAUCAGCCCCACCCUUCCAAAGAGUGGCGGCCGGCAGUGCAGAUUCUCCUGUACUCCCUGAUAUUCCUGCUCAGCGUGCUCGGAAACACGCUGGUCAUCACGGUGCUGAUUCGCAACAAGAGGAUGAGGACCGUCACCAACAUCUUCCUGCUCUCCCUGGCUGUCAGCGACCUCAUGCUCUGCCUCUUCUGCAUGCCGUUCAACCUCAUCCCCAACCUGCUCAAGGACUUCAUCUUCGGGAGCGCGGUGUGCAAGACCACCACCUACUUCAUGGGCACUUCUGUGAGCGUGUCCACCUUUAAUCUGGUAGCCAUAUCUCUGGAGAGAUAUGGUGCAAUUUGCAAACCCUUACAGUCCCGAGUCUGGCAAACAAAAUCUCACGCUUUGAAGGUGAUCGCUGCUACCUGGGGCCUUUCCUUCACCAUCAUGACUCCAUACCCCAUCUAUAGCAGCUUGGUGCCUUUUACCAAAAAUAACAACCAGACUGCAAACAUGUGCCGCUUUCUACUGCCAAAUGAUGUUAUGCAGCAGUCCUGGCACACGUUCCUGUUACUCAUCCUCUUUCUUAUUCCUGGAAUUGUGAUGAUGGUGGCAUAUGGAUUAAUCUCUUUGGAACUCUACCAAGGAAUAAAAUUUGAGGCUAGCCAGAAGAAAUCUGCUACAGUGGCGUCUCUCGCCCACCCAGAGAGGAAAGCGAGCACCGGCAGCAGCGGCAGGUGCGAGGACGGCGACGGCUGCUACCUGCAGGCGCCCGGGCGCCCGGGGAGGCUGGCGCUGCGGCAGGUGUCCACGCGCAGGGUCAGCCGCGUCCGCAGCAGCAGCUCGGCCGCCAACCUCAUGGCCAAGAAGCGGGUGAUCCGCAUGCUCAUGGUCAUCGUGGUCCUCUUCUUCCUGUGCUGGAUGCCCAUCUUCAGCGCCAACGCCUGGCGGGCCUACGACACCGCGUCUGCCGAGCGCCGCCUCUCGGGGACCCCCAUCUCCUUCAUCCUCCUCCUCUCCUACACCUCCUCCUGCGUCAACCCCAUCAUCUACUGCUUCAUGAACAAGCGCUUCCGCCUCGGCUUCAUGGCCACCUUCCCCUGCUGCCCCCACCCUGGGCCGCGGGGGGCCCGAGGAGAGGCAGGGGAGGAGGAGGAGGGCAGGACCACCGGGGCCUCGUUGACCAGGUACUCGUACAGCCGCUCCAGCGCCCCCGCGCCGCCCUGAGCCCCGA